UAGUAUUGGGAGUAAAUUUUGGAACACAGCCAAUGUUCAAUUUCACGAUAUCAUUUGUUUUAGUUUAUUGUUUCAUAGAAUGUCGAAUGUCAAUCACGGAGAAAUAAAUUUUGAAAGUUGAAUGAUAUUGACGACGUGCAAUACGUGAACAAUAGGAGACGAAAGCUGAUGGUCUGAAGGAUUACUGGUCAUAAUUUAUAGUGCACACAUUCUCGUUGAAAUCAAUUAUCUGCGGUGCAACCCUCUUCGAAUCAAUACGACUUUGAAACGAUAUAUAUGACUACGACUGCUAUAUGCGGGGACCUUAGAGACUAGCGUGUUCGCUGGUGUAGCUAUUCUAACUUUAGAAACGGCCUGUCCAAGUGUAUCCACCACUAAAUUAAUCUCAAAACUUGACCUAAAAUUAAUACGGUGUAACGAACUUAAAUGUGGAACUACUUCUAAAUGGCAAUGCUGCUUUAACGCAUUUUUAUGUGACAAUUGUGGUACAUUUACAAUAGAAUAAGAAUCUAGCAUGCAUUCUAUACAGUUGCUGUCAGGAUAUGAUAUGCCUACAGUGGGACUGGGAACGUGGCAGGCUAAAUCAGAAGAGAUUGAAACCGUUGUGAGCACUGCCUUAGAAUGUGGUUACAGGCAUAUUGACACAGCAGCAAAUUAUAAUAAUGAGGAUGCGAUCGGCAGAGCUUUAAAAAAAUGGUUUGACAAAGGUGGUACUAGAGAAGAACUUUUUAUCACGACAAAGUUACCCAAUUUUGGUAAUCGACCAUCCGAUGUAGAAAAGUUCAUUAAAUUGUCAUUAAAGAAACUUGGAUUGGAUUACUUAGAUAUGUACCUUGUUCACAUGCCCUUCGCAUUUAAAUUAGAUGAAAAUAUGUGCGCUGCAGCAACGAACGAGGAUGGAAGUUACAUACUCGAUUUUGAUACAGAUCCUGUCUCAGUAUGGAAAGAGAUGGAGAAGCAAGUUGAAUCAGGACGCACUAGAUCUAUAGGUUUAAGCAACUUUAACGAAGAGCAGAUUUCGACCAUUUGGGAAAACGCACAAAUUAAGCCAAGUAAUUUACAGGUAGAGUUACACGCGUACAUGCAGCAGAUACCAAUUCGAGAAUUAUGCAAGAAGUACAAUAUCGUUGUAACAGGUUACAGUCCAUUAGGUUCUCCAGCUGCAAAGACGCACUUUCAAGCAAAAUAUAACUACACUUCAAAUGCAUUUUCUGACUUGCUACAUCACCCGAUUAUUCAAAAAAUUGCUGCAGAGCAUAAAAAAACGACAGCACAAGUUUUAUUGCGUCAUUUACUACAACUAGGUGUUGUAAUUAUCCCUAAGAGUUCGUCCCCAGAAAGAAUCAAGUCAAAUAUCGAUUUAUUCGAUUUUUCCUUAACAGAGGAAAACAUGAAAGUCUUGAGUACCUUAGAUAAAGGUACUAAUGGACGAAUUUUUAAUUUCUUAUUUUAUAAAGGAAUUGAAUAUCAUCCAUUAUAUCCGUUUAAAAAUGAACUUCCUUAAUCAUAAAUUAACAUACGUCAUUA